UUGUUUUGGUUGAACCGGCGCUGGCAACGAAAAUUACAACAAAAUGGAAAUAAAGUCUCGAAGUUUCGUCGCAAAAAGAGAGAAAUAAAGGCAUUUUGGCACCAACGGUGGGAGUGUAAGCGUGUGAGGGCGAUGAAAAGCGGAGCGAAGCGGGUCUGUACGUUAGCAUGAGCUCGGUGUGCUCGGGUUACUACACCCCGGAGAAAGCGUUCGUCCGCGGCUUCACCUGCCCCAAACCGGGCGGCGACCAGCGGGCGGCGUUCUGCUGCGGAUUUAACGACAUUAAAUACUGCUGCGAAGACCCGAACAGCUUUUUCCCCUACGAAUAUGGGUACAUGUGGUGGCUGAGUGUUGGAGCUCUGGUAGGUCUCUCUAUCGCUGCUGUUGUCCUGCUGGCGUUCCUCAUCACUGUCUGUGUCCUCUGCUACCUCUUCAUCGCCACUAAACCGAGCCGCCUGGACAGCGGACUGCCCCUCAGCGCCCCCGAGACAGAGCCGAGUCCCGAGCCCAGCCAUGCCGCCGGCCCUCAGGGUUUCCGCAGACACUUCCCAAACAGCAAACUGGACUGCGCCAACCAACCGGCCGAGCCUGAGCGCCUCUUUCAGCGCUGCUUCGUGGCCACUGUCAGCAGGGUGAACGAUGAAGGCCCUUCGUAGGAUUCCAUUCUGUACCUCAGGUUUUUCACGAAACUCCUUCUUAUCUCUGGAGGCUGGACGCUGGACGUGACUGAGCUGCUGUUCGGUUGAACACGAGUCCGUUCUGUGCCUACAACUGAAUGUUUCCAGCAAGAAGAUCAUAGUGUCAGUGGAUGUAUUUGACCUAAACUCAUUAGAAACUCUUUCAUCUUUCAUUCUUCUGCUUGUUUUCAGUGGGACGUGUGCCUCCUGGCGUUGUUGCUUUUGAGCCAAAGCUAAGUCAAGUUCUGCUUGUCAAGUUUGACCCAAGACUUUGUUUGGAAGUUUAACAAAGCUGACAUGAUUAAUAUUCACAGUGGAGAUAACGCGGUCAGCGCUUCGUUGUCCGACACGCGCUGCAGAUGCAAAUUUAGGCAGUUUGUUUUGACUGAUUAACCGUCUUUAGUUUGUCGUUAAACAUUAACAGGGACGCCAACAGACUAUCUGUUGUGAAAUGGAUAGUUCUGGUUCUGAAAUCUGAUUGGCUGAGCUGCAUUCCAACACACUUGAUAUACACAUACUUAUGAGCGCACACAUUAAAUGAGUUCUGUAUUAAUGUACUUAGAUAUUAGAAAGUCUUGUUGUACAGAACACAGUAUUGACGGAACCAGAAAUCUCUGUGUCCUGGAACUGUAUUAAACAUUAUUAUGCAUGACAGAAGAACCAGGCAACCAGAACCAGAACCAGAGCUGUAAUUUGUAUUACAGUCAUCAUGGAUAUGUUGCAGGUUUUGAGGAACCUAAUACCGUAUUUUCCGGAUUAUAAGUCGCACUUUUUUUCAUAGUUUGGCCAGGGGUGCGACUUAUACUCCGGAGCGACUUAUAGUCCGGAAAAUACGGACUUCACGGCAACCGGGAGAAUGCGCCACGCUACGUUCUCGGAAGUCAUUGAAUGGAUCAGCAAAGCAUGGGCUUCCGUGAAAACCGAAAGCAUCCUGCUGGGAUUCAGAAAGGCUGGAAUAAUUGCAAAUGUAAUUGACGACGAGUCUGACAAAAGCGACGAAGAAGAGGAAGCGGCGCUUCGUCCACCUCCAGAGUUAGCGGAGUUGUUAUAAGUGACACUGAGGAUGAAGAGUUCAAUGGAUUUGAUGAUUUGGAGUGAUAUAAACUUUGAUAAAAAUGGUUUGAUAAACUUGUUAGCAUGUUCUUUGUUAUAGUUUGUCAUUGUUAUCUGAAUAACUGUUCAUGUUACGUUAACUUGGA